AUGUCGCAGCCGUCGUCAGAAGAUUGCAAACGGCGCAAGAAAGAUAGCUCUGCCGCCACCAUGGAGCCUGGGCAGUGUGGUACGCCCGCGUCCGGCGGCGAGCCCGACGCGAUGAACACCGCGGAGGAGUUUUUCCCGCAGUUCGAUCGCAGCGUGGAACGUGACCUGCUGCUCCUGGGCAAGUCUUACGACGUCGCCGCCAGGGAGGGGCACCGUUACCACAUCAACAGCCUGGCCGAGUACCAGGAGAUGUAUCGCCGCAGCAUGGCCGACCCCGAGGGCUUCUGGGGCGAAAUGGCGCGCAGCGAGCUCCGGUGGAUGCACCCGUUCCACCGCGUGUUCAGCGGCGGGUUCGAGGCGGCCGACUUCAGCUGGUUCCUGGGCGGCAAGCUGAACGCGUGCGACAACUGCGUCGACCGCUGGGCGGAGGAGCGCCCCAACGUCGCCGCCAUCAUUUUCGAGGGCGACGACCCGAAGGAUAACCGGACGGUGACCUUCUACGAGCUCAGGCAGAAUGUCUGCAGGGUGGCCAACGUGCUGAAGCGGCACGGCGUGAGGAAGGGCGACACCGUCACCCUCUACAUGCCGUCCGUUCCGGAGCUGGCCUUUGCGAUGCUGGCCUGCGCCCGCAUUGGGGCGGUACACAAUGUGGUUUUCGGCGGAUUCUCGGCCGCCAGCGUCGGUGAGCGGAUCAGGGACUCCAACUCCCGGAUAGUGGUCACCGUCGACGAGGCCACGCGCGGCGGCAAGCGCAUUCACAUGAAAAACAUCGUGGACGAGGCGCUGAGGGACUGCCCAGACGUGACUCGGUGCCUCGUGUACUCCAAAACCGGCGACGAUGCCUAUUUCGUGAAGGGUCGCGACGUCUGGCUGGACGACGCGCUCCCCAGGGAGAGGCCCUACUGCCCGCCCGAGACCAUGGACAGCGAAGACACGCUGUUCAUUCUGUACACGUCGGGCUCCACUGGCAAGCCCAAGGGCGUGGCCCACACCACGGCGGGAUACUUGUUGUACGCCAUUGCGACGACGAAGUACAUCUUCGACACGAGGCAGGGUGACAUCUUCGGCUGCAUGGCCGACCUGGGUUGGAUCACCGGGCACACGUACGUCGUGUACGGCCCGCUGCUGAACGGCGUCACGACGUUCCUGUUCGCGUCGCUGCCCAACUAUCCCGACCCGGGCCGGUACUGGCGCAUCAUAGAGCAGUACCGCAUCACGCAGUUCUACACGGCGCCGACGGCCAUCCGCCUGCUGAUGCGUUACGGGGACGAGUUCCCGGCGCGCUACGACCUGAGUUCCGCGCGGAUCCUCGGCAGCGUCGGCGAGCCCAUCAACCCCGAGGCGUGGCUGUGGUACUACAACGUCGUCGGCCGCGGGCGCAGCACGGUCGUGGACACCUAUUGGCAGACGGAGACGGGCGGCAUCGUGAUCGCGCCGAUACCCGGCGCCAUCCCAACCAAAGCCGGGUCGGCGACGCUGCCGUUCUUCGGCAUCGAGGUCGGCCUCGUCGACGCCAAAACGGGGCGGGAGAUCAUCGGCAACGGCACCAGCGGCCUGCUGGUGCUGCGCAGGCCGUGGCCCGGGCUGUUCCGCACGCUCGCCGGCAACCACCAGCGUGGCCUGGAUGUGUACUUCGCGAAGGUGCCGGGGUGCUACCUCACUGGGGACGCCGCCUACCGUGACGACGACGGCUACAUCUGGAUCAACGGCCGUGUCGACGACACCCUCAACGUGUCGGGGCACCGCAUAGGCUCCGCCGACAUCGAGCACGCGCUGGUGCAGGUGGACUACGUGGCGGAGGCUGCUGCGGUUGCCUUCCCGCACCCCAUCAAGGGCCAGGCCAUCUUCUGCUUCGUGACGCUCAAGGACUCCUGCACGGUGACUGCAGAGCAGAUGGUGCAGGAGUUGCGUCUGUCGGUGCGCCGCCUCGUAGGACCGUUCGCCACGCCCGACAUCAUCACCGCGACCCCGAACAUGCCGAAAACGCGCAGCGGCAAGAUCAUGCGCCGCAUUUUGCGCAAGCUGGUCAGCAACCAAGCAGAGGACCUCGGCGACAUAUCCACGCUCGCCGACCCGUCAGUCGUCGAGGGGCUCGUGGGGAUCUGCAGGGAAGCGCUAGACACGUACGCGGAGAGUUUGAAAGCCAGCUUGGCAAAAAAUUAG